UAAACAAACCUGCACCGGAAGUUGUUUGUGCUGUUGCCACGUCGGAGGUACAUCGCUGUUACCGUCGAGUCUGUGCGGCGGUUCCAGUCUUGGCGUUUUGUUUUCGCCAUGUUGUGUGUGGUACUGAGCUGUUUGCUGUUUCAGGUGCUUGUGGUGUUUGGGGUGUUUGGGACUGAGCUCACGUUUGAGCUCCCUGAUAACGAUAAGCAGUGCUUCUAUGAGGAACUGGAGAAAGACGUGAGGUUUGACAUCGACUUCCAGGUCAUUUCAGGAGGCAACUAUGAUGUGGACUGCUUUGUCACUGAUCCUCAGAACAAUGUCUUGUAUAACGAGAGGAAGAAGCAGUAUGACAGCUUCUCUCACACCACAGCUAUGAAGGGAGACUACAAGGUCUGCUUUAGCAAUGAAUUCUCAACCUUUACCCAUAAAACGGUGUAUAUGGAGUUCCGCUAUGGAGACGAGGUGCCUCUCAUGCCAAUAACAAGAAGCACAGCACUCACUCAGUUAGAGUCCUCUUGUGUCUCCAUUCACGAGAUCCUGAAGGUGGUGGCUGACUCGCAGACACGGUACAGGCUACGAGAGGCACACGACCGCACAAAAGCAGAGCACCUUCUCGAGCGAGUGACCUACUGGUCUUUUGGACAAACUGUCAUGCUGUUUGUCAUCGGCAUCAGUCAAGUCAUGCUGCUAAGGAGCUUCUUCACUGAGAAGAAAGGCUCUGUAGCAGCCACCACUUAGAAUACGUAGUCUUAGAAAUUCUUCACUGCAAUUUAGAAGUGCAUCUGAAAGUUAGCAUACAUGUCCUUUAUUAAAGGGGUAGUUGAAGUUUUCCACUUCUGACCCAGUGUCUGACAAACCAGUGAAUGCCUUUUUUAUGUCUGUGUUGUUCUGUCCUUAACAAGCUGGAUUGGGAGAAAAAAAAAACACCACUCACACUUGUGCUGCGAUCCACAUCUUUCAAACUUGCACAGAUUAUUUAUUAUAUUUUUUAUUGAAAUACACUUAUCUGUUAAUGCCUUACGGUCGAACCGUCAGAUAUUGAGACCAAACAGGGUGUCUGUUGUUUGUUUCAGAAUGUUAGUUUUAUUAGUUUUGUAAUGUGUGUUAUUACCUUAAUUUAUCUGUGUCUCCCAUAAAGUGCCUUAAUGUCUUUUGUUUCCAAAUAUUUCCUACCAAGUUUACUGUUAUAUCCUUUUCUGUUGUUACUGGUUGACUGGAUUGUCAGAUUUUGUUCCUAUUUUACAUUAAUGGCUAUUUCAAAAUGAAAAUGAUUACAGUUUUUUUUUCACAAAUAAAGUGAUGUUUUCAGUUCUCUUUA